AUGCCUGCACCGGCGCUGCCUCCACCUGCGCCCCCGGCGAGGUCGUCACUUCACCAUCUGCUUCUUGAUCUUCCUCAUCGGCCACUUCCUCCGCUGACACGCUUUGGACGUUCCCUUGUUGCUGAGGUUGAUGAGGCGUAUAUGCAUUUUCCAGAUAAAGAAAUAAUAAGGGAGGUAGCAAAUACAUCAGAAGAGAUUAUUCAAUAUCUUUUCUCCCCACAAAAUCUAUCAGCUGAUUGUGGAUCCACAGAACCAAGUGUCAGACUUUCAGACCAAUUGGGGGAGUUGGCUGAGGACCUCGAUUCAACUGUUGGAUAUGUCGUUGACUACUGCAAGAUCAACGACCAUUCAGUCCGGCAACAGAGUAAUGUUGCGGUUGGUUUUGGUGAGGAUGUGACUGAUUCUACUGUUGCUACAUCAUCAAGACCUGCACCUACAACCAAAUGUUUUGCGCCUGACUUUGAUGAAGAUCCUAGUGCUUCACCAUCACUAUAUCCACCCACGAGCAGAGAUGAUGUGGUUGGUUUUGAUGAAGAUAUACUACGCAUGAUCAACCUAAUAACUGACAAUUCGUAUUCCAACCGAGAAAUCCUCCCUAUUGUCGGAAUAGGAGGCAUUGGUAAGUCCACACUUGAUAAAUCUAUUUAUCAUCAUCCAUUGAUCGUGGAUCAAUUUGAUAUUCGAGCUUGGGUCACAAUAUCACAAGAUUAUACUAUGAAAAAUAUUCUCUCACAAUUACUAGCUUCGCUCAACAGAAAAGUACAUCAAGUUGGAAGGGGUUCAUUGAUAGUAAUCAAAGCUGAGAAGCUUGAAGUUUACAAAAUCUUAUUGGGGCGGAGGUAUCUCAUAAUAAUGGAUGAUAUGUGGAGUACGGAAGCUUGGGAUCACGUGCAAAGGCUAUUUCCUAACAAUCAUAAUGGAAGCCGGAUCAUAUUAACCACAAGGCUUAUGGCUGUCGCAACUUAUGCUGCCACUGGGCAGAAAAUUCAUAUGAUGCGUUUCUUGGAUGACGAACAAAGUUGGCGUUUGUUCCACCACAAGGUUUUCGGAGAUCAAGAUAGUCCUCAUGAGCUACGUAGUGUUGGGGAAAAAAUUAUAAAAGGAUGUGGAGGACUGCCCCUCUCAAUUGUUAAUGUGGCAGGACUUUUAUCCAGGAUUCCUAGAACUCCCAAGUUGUGGCAGCAAAUUGAAGUAAAUGACGGGCAGUUGGGAUCAAUAUUAUCUUUGAGUUACAACCACUUGCCUCCACACUUGAGGAAGUGUUUCUUGUAUAUGGCAGUCUUCCCUCCAGAUUAUGACAUUCGUGCCUCUGAACUCUUCAAACUUUGGGCAGCUGAGGGCUUUAUAGAACGGCGAAAUGAAUCUGAAAGCCUAGAACUGGUUGCGGAGGAGUGCUUGGAGGAUCUGAUCAAGCAAAGUCUAGUUUUGAUCACUAGCCGGAAAAUUGAUGGCAAAAUCAAAAGUUGCAGGCUGCAUAGUAUGGUGCGGGACUUUUGUGUGAGACAGGCCGGGCGAGAAAAGUUCCUUCUUUCUGUUAUGGACUACUUCCCUACUCCUAUCUUGAGAAGACAUUUUCUUCCACAAGUCCUCCAAAAUCAUCACCGUGUAAGUGUUAGUUGGCAUGAUCUACAUCUUAAAGACUCUACGCAUAGCUCAUGCACAACUUCUAUUAUAUGCAUCCCGCAGAGAGGGUAUAGGCCCAAAGGCUCUGUAGAGAACUUCACCUCUCUUAGGGUUCUUCAUGUUUUACGUAGAAACGAUCAUUCAUAUUGGGAGCUAGGUCAAGUGUUUGAACUGAUUAAUCUCACUUACCUUGCUUCCAACAUUCCUGAUAGUAUUGUCCCUCCAGCUAUUGCAAAGCUUCAGAAUCUGCAGACAUUAAUUAUUUACAAAUCUGAUGUUCGUUUGCCAGAGGAGAUUUGGAGGUUGAGUCAGUUGAGACAUCUUAUCGCCUUCUCAUUUUAUCCUUUACCCUUUCCCAAAGGAGAAACUCCUUUAAAAAACUUACAAACGCUUUCUAUUGCAAAAAGUUUUGUAUGUAGUCAAAGGAUGGCGGGUUUGAUCCCAAACAUAAGAAAGUUAGGAAUAUGCUACUCGGAAGAGGACUUUGGUGCAGGCGAUAAUCUUUACAAAGCCAUGAAUAUUUUUCGACUUGAGAAGCUGAAACUAAAAAUGUAUAGUUCAUCUGUGCCGCAUCCUUGGAGGCUUAGGUUUUACUCUAGGCUGAAAAUGUUAGAAUUAAGCGGCGGGUGGAUUCAUUGGAGAGAUAUGACAAUUGUUGGUCCGUUGCCUAAGCUUCAAGUGUUGAAACUAAAGAACUAUGCUUGCUAUGGGGAACACUGGGAAACCAUUGAUGAGGAAUUUCAUGACUUGAUACUUCUGCUUAUUGAUGAAUCAAAUCUCAAGUUCUGGAGAACUAAAUGGACCCACUUUCCGAGUCUCAAGUGCCUAAUGCUUCAUCGUUGUCCAUACUUGGAUGAGAUUCCACGUGAUAUUGGAACAAUUCCUUCACUUGAACUGAUUGAGAUCGAUGAUCACAACUUUGCACUCGGCAAAUAA